ACGUACUUUUUGCUUUGCUGUGCUGUGCUGUGCUGUACUCUACUCUACUCUACUCUACUCUACUCUACUCUACUAUUGUACUGUGCCGCCAUGUGCCGUGCUCUGCUCUGCUCUGCCCUGCUCUGCCCGAGUCGGCUCUGCUCCCCCACCCCCAAGUUCAUCCAUCUAUCUACCCUCGGCCUAAUCCCGCAACAUAGCCUACUCCCCUGCCGCCCUGCCAUGCAUGUGCUCGCCCAAGAAAGACAUGUCUCGACUCCCUCCAUGGAUGAUGCCAUGCGCUGCGUGCUGCAGCUGGGUCCCGUAGCCGACGCUUCACUCGAUUAA